CUUUCAGGCGCCUUUUCUGUAAUGUUGGUUGCACUGAUAAGCUCUAAAUUCUACAUAGUUGGUAUUUGAAUACAAUUUUGGUCCGUGGUGAUCGUCAACACAAGUGCAAUCUCUUGAGAUAUAUUUUUAUACAUUUUUGGGCCGUCCUGUGAUAAAUGUCAUAUUUUAGAAAGAAGAAGGAAUCACUUCACGUCACCAGCAGUUUUUAAAUGUGAAUACUAAUAAUCAUCACGCAAAAUGCUCAAAGUAAUAAAGUGGAGAAAAGUUCUGAAAUUCGGUGCAAUUGGCGGCGCAGGAGUUGGUUUAGUGACUUCUCUCCAUGCAAACAACUAUGAUGUAACCUCGGUCGGCGUUGUUCGCUUUGCUAAUGCCGCUAAAGCUGUCUUGGAUAUCUCAGUUUACUACAAGAAGAACCUUUACAGCAAAAAUGCCAAGUUGAUGGACCAUGAAUCUGAGGAAUACUUAAAAUUAAAAUCAGAGGUUCAUCAGUGGGGAGCAGAACGAUUACUUAAGCUGUGCUGCUUGAACAAAGGGGUAUUCAUCAAAGUGGGACAGCACAUAGGAGCCCUUGACUAUUUAUUACCUGUUGAAUAUGUGAAUACCAUGAAGGUUCUGCACAGCAAGGCUCCAAAGUCUUCGCUGAAAGAUGUCUACAUGGUUCUAAGGCAAGAUUUAGGAAAAGACCCCGAAGAAGUUUUCAAGAGCAUUGACCCAGAGCCUCUUGGAACAGCAAGCUUGGCUCAAGUUCAUAAGGCAGUCCUGCAGGACGGUAGAACAGUUGCAGUCAAAGUGCAGCAUGCAAGCGUUCGAGGAAAUUCUUUAGUUGAUUUAAAAACCAUGGAGUUUUUAGUAUCUAUUGUUUCGAGGUUGUUUCCUGACUUCCGAUUUGAGUGGUUGGUCAAAGAGACCAAGAGAAAUAUUCCGCUGGAGCUGGAUUUCCACAAUGAAGGCAAAAAUGCUGAAAAGGCCGACAGAAUUCUUGUCAAAUUUCCUUGGUUAUUUGUACCAAAAAUCUACUGGAAUUUGACAACACCGAGGGUCCUCACCAUGGAGUUUGUUGAAGGAGGGCAAAUCAACGAUGUUGAAUAUAUCGAGAAAAGCAAAAUCAACAAAUGGUUAUUAUCAUCUCGUCUGGGGGACAUGUAUUCGGAAAUGAUUUUUAAACACGGGUUUGUCCACGCAGAUCCGCACCCUGGAAAUAUUUUGGUGCAGCCCAAAGGCAAAGAUUUCAAAAUCAUCCUUCUUGACCAUGGUCUCUAUGCUGAACUUGAGCCAAAGUUCCGACGGCAAUACGCACGAUUGUGGCUCAGCAUCUUGAAUUUUGACAUGCCUGCCAUCAAACAAGUUGCAAUCGACCUGGGCGUUGGUGACCUUUAUUGGCUCUUCUCAUGCAUGGUGACAGGAAGAACAUGGGAGUCAAUUUCAGGCGCUGGUGGAAUCGCAAAAUCAAGGCCUGGCGCCGAGGAAAAAAAGAUCUUCCAGCAACGACUACCACAGUUCUUGCCUCAAAUCAAUGCAGUUCUCUCUCGGGUAGACAGGCAAAUGCUAUUGCUCUUUAAAACCAACGACCUGCUCCGAGGCAUCGAACACACACUCAAAACUCACGGGAGAAGGGCAGCUCUCUUGACAAUGGCUGCACGUUGCGUCCAAGCCGAAUACUCUGAGCAGAGGAAGGAGGCGCUUGGUGCCUUACAGAGAAACACUAUUUCAUUUUGUGAAAUAUGGGCUUUGCUUAGGUUGAAAGUUUGGUACUUCAUGCUCUGCAUCACAGACUUCUUUGGACUUGCUUAAGCCAGAUGUGAUGCUGCAUGAUAACAUGAUGUGAGAGACUGAGAUUCCUAGGAGAAAUUAUUUUAAAUCUUAAGUCAAAAACUCCACAUUACCAACGCAUUAUCAUUUAGGCUGCUUAUUUAUUUCUAUUCAACUACUGUAACUUAAUUUUUGCCUAUUGCACUACCCAGCAGCAAUAGUUGUUGAUGAUAUUUGAUAUUUUUAUAACUUAACUGCCAAGAAAGGUUUCUUGUAAACAUUAUUUUUGCCAUAAUAUAGCAUCCAAGGUCUGCAUUGAUAAUCAAAUAAUAGCCUUUUGCUUUUCAGAAUCUAUUAUUACUGCUUUAUUUCAUUUAAGCAUGUGUUAUUUAUUAUUUAAAUUCAUUUAAAAUUUGAAUAAAACUUUAAUUGUUUUAUUCUUGCACACACAAAAAAACAUGAGUAUAAUUUAUGUGGCAUGCUAUAUUUCAUCAUUGUAUAAGUUAUUAUACAUUUUUUGCCUCUGAAAUUAAAU